AUAAAUGUGUGAUCACGUUGAUAAUGUAGUUAUAAGCACAAAGUCUAUCUGUCUUGCCUAUCUGUCUCCUUUUUUAAUUUUCUUCCAUUUCUUUAUUUCCUUCCCUCCCACUCUUCUUCCUCCUUAUAUUCUUCCUUUCCCUCCCUAUUUCCUUCUUGGGUUCCUCUCGGUUUUUUCCCUUUUCUUCUCUCUAUCCAAAUCCAAACACCUCUUUUUUCGCAAAAUUUUUCUAAGUUUUAUCCAUUUAGAAAAAAACUUUUUGUUGUUAAAGGCCAUGACUAUGAGUAACAAUAUUGGGCAAUUUGGUGACACAACUUUAACCAAAGUUUUCGUUGGAGGGUUAGCUUGGGAAACUCCCAGAGAAGCCAUGAGAGAGCACUUUGAGAAGUAUGGUGAGAUCCUUGAAGCUGUGAUUAUUUCUGAUAAAGUCACUGGCAGAUCCAAGGGUUAUGGAUUCGUUACGUUUAAGGAAGCUGAAGCUGCUAAGAAAGCUUGUGAGGAUGCUAACCCUAUCAUAAACGGCCGCCGAGCUAACUGCAACCUCGCCUCACUCGGCGCUCGCCGCCCGAGGUCCGCCUCCACUGCUCCUCCACAACAAGGAUCGAACGUUGGACCGAGGGCCACAUCGGCUGCUCCUGCCAAUCAUGUGCAGUGGUUUUACCCAGCAGUGGGGACACCUGCGUCACCCUUUCAUCAUCAGCAUCAUCAGGCCGUUCCUUUUUUUGGAUACUCUCCCACCUACAUUCCCACAGAUAUGAGCUACAAUCAUAAGCUGAGCUACAGUGGAGGAUCCUACAUGAAUGGACAUUUCUCUCAAGUGUAUCCAGCAGGGCAGGCUGUCGUAGGUGCAAAUACAUUGAUGCCAAUGUACCCGUUCUAUCAUUACCAUCAAUCACAAACGAUGGGAUUACCAGCAGCAGCCACCCACAUCUACCCAUCAACAACAGCUGGGCCCAUCACCACAAUCCCUGCUGCCGCCGCCGCUGCUGCUAUCAUCUCUAAACCUGCUGCAGCAAUGGCUCCAAAUUCAGUUUGCUUGGCUGUGGAAUAGGUACAGUUGGCAGAGGUGAAAGCUUGAAGAAGAUUGGUUAAAGAGGGGGACUUAAUUAGUUGGCAAAAAAUAACAAUUUGGGAAGUUGGAAAAGCUGCUCAGACCAACAUCAUAUUAUCUGAUCUGUAAUUUCCAAUGUAUAUUUUUUUUUAUGAAACCAGAAAAUUAUUGUUUAAUUAAUAUUUAUUCUUAA